AUGCCCGACGCCGACGCCUCCAAUCGUGUCAAGGCCCUCACCAAGGACAACUAUGUGUCCUGGUCUGUGGACUUCAGCACUCUAGCUCGCUCCAAGGGGUCCUACAAGCUUUUGAAGGGUACUGAGACAUGUCCUCAGGAUCCUGGCGAGCUCAUGCUCUCCCUGUCUGAGGAACAGCGCAUCCAUGUCAAGGGCAAGGGGGAUGACCCCACUGCUAUGAAGCGUCCUGAGGAGUCCCUCAGCUCCCUCAUUGCUAGGGUGGACACCCUCUAUGCCAGGAUCAAGGAUCUUCGCCCUCCUGCCUACACCCUCGACUCUCUGGACCAGGAGCUGGCCUGCAUGGCCCUCAUUCGUGCUCUCCCUGAGGAGUACUCCCACUUUGUCUCUGCCCUCAUGCUCCAGUCCACUCUGGACAAGGAUGCUGUGGUGCAAGCGUUCAUCCAGGAGGAGAACAACAGGACUCGACGCUCUACAGCGCCUGUGGCCUCCUCAGAGGCUGUCCUCGCCGUCUCGGCGCCCUCUUCUGGUUCUGCCCCUUCCCUCGACCACUGCACCUGCACUGGGGAGCUCCUCUGCUCGUUCUGUGAGAAGCCACACCACUGCUUCCACAAGUGCUUCGCCCUUCAAUGCGCUAAGAACGAGCUCAAGGCCCAGUCGAGCUCUAGGAAGCCUGGCAACCAGUCUGGCCGCUCUCAGCGUGCCAACCAAGCCCAGGCUGCUGCUCCCAGCGCUUCUGGCACUUCCUCCACUGCUCCUGUCCCUCCCUCGGCCUCUCAGGCUGUUGUGGAGUAUGCUGGCAAUGCAAGUCUUUGCUCUUCUCCUUCCCCCACCAGCCCCACCUGUCCUCUCCAGCUCGAUUCAGAUGCUGACUGGAUUGCAAACACAGGCACCACUUCUCAUAUGACCCCUCACCGUCACUAG